UGGGGGUUCUAACUUUUUCACGUAGUGUAGCUUCAACAUAGAUUAGACAGCUAAAUGUUUGAAAGCUAGUUUGUUAGUUUCUUCUUGUUUCGAUCUACUCUCUUCGGCAUUUGACACUGCACUAUCAUUCCUUUGCAUUAGGUAAUCGAUUGCAGAUGGGCUCUCAAGUAUGCCUUCAAGGAAAGAAGAAGCUUGCUCGCAAGAGAAUAACUGGAUUUCAGUACUGCCCGAACGACUCGAGCAAAGUCAUGGUAACUUCUGAUGACUCACAAGUUAAAAUACUUUGUGGAUCUGAUAUCAUCUGCAAAUUCAAAGGAAUCCGAAAUUCUGGAAGCCAAUUUCCCGCAUCUUUCACCUCAGACGGGAAACACAUUCUUGCAGUUACUGAGGAUUCAAAUGUUCAUAUCUGGAACUACACUAGCCAGGGCCGGACAACUACAAACAAACCAAAGCAUGUCCGGUCAUCAGAGAGUUUCUUUUCCAACAACACAUCAGUUGCUAUACCUUGGUGCGGGUUCAAAACCAAUCUGGGAACACUACCUACAAGCGUUUUAGAAAAUGGGAAUGCCAACGAGAACUUGCUGCCAAAGACUUCAGAUUGUUUUUCCCUGGGGCGUGCAUUUUUCUUAGACUCUCUAUCUAAGGGCACCGCGACCUGGCCAGAGGAGAAGCUGCCUAAUUCGAGCCCAGUAACCGUCACCCCUUCAGUAUGCAAAUCGGAGUACAAGUUCUUGAAAAGUGCUUGGCAAGGUGCAUUAAGCUCUCCUCAUUUAUGGGGUCUUGUGGUUGUCACUGCUGGAUGGGAUGGAUGUAUUAGAACAUUUCUCAAUUAUGGGUUGCCAAUUCGUUUUUGAAAUCUGGGUUUGAUUGUAAAUUGUUUUUGUUUGUAAAUUACCAAUUCUUAGCUUUGUCACCAAAAUGGUGCAAAGGGCAGAAGAUCCUGCUCCUUAGGUUACUAGUAUAGGAUUGGAAAGGCAUAUUAGUCACUUUAAUACAAGUUGUAAUAGUCUUGAUCAAUCAAUUGGCUUAUAUAUUCUUUUAUUUGUUUGGAAGAAAUGUUGUGGCCACAAAGGUCGAUGUUA